AUGAUUUCCUGCAAUGAUAGGCGACGAAUGAAAGUAUUCAAUAUUGUGGUAAUGAUUAUAUGGUCCAGUCUUUUGUCCUAUGUAGAUGGAUCGUGUGCCUCAAAAGGGGACAUCGUUUUUCUUCUUGAUGACGAACCUAGCAGCAUUGGCCAACACAAUUUCGAGCGGAUCAAAUCUUUUGUAAGCACCAUUGUCGGCCAAUUCAGUGUUGGAAGCGAUACAAAUCAGUUUAGCGUGGUAAAUUUUGAAUCGUCUGCAAAAGAAAUCUUUCCCUUGAACCGAUAUCAAACUGUGUCAAGUAUUCAGUCAGCUAUUGCUAGCAUCAGUUUCUUCGAUCAAUAUUUUAGUGGAACAAGCAUAGGUAGUGCUCUUGACUAUGCCCGAAUGUACUCUUUUACAACAACUAGAUGUGCAAGAUCGGAUGCAGUAAAGAUAGCAGUUUUAAUCACAGAUGGCCAAAGCCCUCUUACUGACGAGACCGAACGUCUAAAAGCAAUGGGAGUCACCAUCUUCUGCGUCGGUGUUGGGACAGGUGUAGAUUUCCAGGUGCUUCGCUCAGUGGCUACACACAACGACUACACAUAUUUGACCACAUUUCACGUGCUCAAUCUCAUAGCGGAGGAAUUAUCCAAUAGGACGUGUGCAGAUGAUAUCAAUGAUUGUCUUGGGGAACCUUGUCUAAAUGGGGGAACUUGUGAAGACCAGUUUGGAAAAUACGUGUGUCAUUGUCCAGGAGGGAUUACAGACCCCAUCUGUUACGUGCCAGGUUUGCCCGAUGUAAGGCUAGGGCCUCAUAGUAGUGUUCAACAUUCGCCAGGGUCUACAGCUAAACUUGAUUGUCACGUCUCAAGUCCAACGAGCUACUCCAUCACCUGGUUAUACCAGAAAAAUGGUGUCACAUCAGUGGUAAACACUGGAGAUACUUCGAAUUACAGCGCUAGCGGUACCACCUAUCUGACCAUAAAGAACUUUCAAGUAACGGAUGUAGGAAACUACAGAUGUCAGGCGCAAAAUACGGCAGGAAUUGGCCAGAGUGCAACUAUGAUACAUCUGGAUCUGAGGCCAGGUUAUCCAAAUUUGGUACCGAUGGGGUCUUACACAUAUUCUGUAAAUGCGAGCAACAACGUGACAUUGCCAUGCAAUUUUUCGGCAUCAUACCCACCAGUAGUAAUGGUGAAAUGGUAUUCAUAUACAUAUCACAUCUUCAUAUCAACCAGUAUGUCUGGGAAAUAUAUAGGGGGGACUCCACAGAACCCCUCCCUUACUAUCAAAGACGUCCAGGCAGCCGAUAUGGGAAGGUACCAGUGCUACGUCUCCAAUUCGCACGGAACAAGGAUGACAGCAUCUAUACAUUUAGUUGUGUAUUAUGAAGAUUGUGACAAGCUGAGCUGUGGAGUUCUCAGAGAAUGCCUUUUAAUGAACAACAAACCUACCUGUUCUGUGUCGACCUGGAAAGCGGCAGCUGCCACUGUAGCAGGCAUUGUGGGCGCCGCUGCAGGAGUUGCCGCCUUUAAAUUACUGACUAGAAAGGCAAUACAGCCACAAAAUGGGACCGGGAAUUCCCAAGGAUCCAAUGCAAACUCAAAAAAAAGAAACAAUGAUAACAACGACCAUAACAGUGACGACAACAACAGUGAUGACGCCAGAGAGAGUAACCAUGACGACGACAUGCCGGACCCUAACUACAUCGGGGGAUACCAGGGGUUCAUCAACUCCAUGCCUCCUCCCAGCAUGUAG